CCACGAUUAUAACCUAUGUAUAUGCCUAUGCCAUACGUUAACGUACACGUAACCUGGAAAAAACACUUGUCGUGGACAUCGUAAUCCGUGCACAUCAUUAUUCCACAAUCGUUGGCUGUGAUUCGCGAUUAAUUGUAACGCGCGAUUAUUGUUAAGCACAAAAGGCACUGUAAGAACCGCGCGUAAAAUGUCGGAUGUAAGAGACUGGUUCAAUUCCCUACCGAUAUUCACGAGAUAUUGGCUAUUGUGUACCGCGGUACUGACAUUACUCGGCAGAUUCGGUUUUCUGAGUCCGCACUCGCUGGUGUUGUGGCCUGACCGAUUUCUGAAUAACUUCGAAAUCUGGCGGGCUGUGACGAGUGUCUUCUACUAUCCCCUCAGCCAGCGCACCGGCUUUCACUUGCUGAUCAACUGCUACUUUUUGUACAAUUACUCACUAAGACUAGAGCGCGGAGAGUACGACGGAAAGCCUGCGGAUUAUUGUUUCCUUCUGCUGUUCAAUUGGAUAUGCUGCGUUAUCAUCGGACUCAUCGGCGAUUUCCCCCUGCUCAUGGACCCCAUGGUUCUUAGUGUGUUGUAUGUGUGGUGUCAGCUGAAUAAAGAUGCCAUUGUAAACUUCUGGUUUGGUACACAAUUCAAAGCCAUGUAUCUGCCAUGGGUCUUAUUUGGAUUUAAUUUGAUUAUCUCCGGUGGCGGUAUGAUGGAAUUGUUUGGGAUUCUAGUAGGACAUCUGUAUGUCUUCUUGAAAUUCAAGUAUCCCCAGGAACUUGGUGGCCCAGAAUUACUCAACACCCCCAAGAUACUUGAAAGUUAUUUUCCACCUCAAAGAAGUGGAAUCCGAUCGUUUGGCAAUGUACCUGCACAGAGAGCGGGAGAACAACAAAAUCAAGGAAGAAAUAUAUUUGGGGGACAUAACUGGGGAAGAGGUCACGUAUUGGGUCAAUAAUUUAAAAAAAAUUCAAAAAAGGAACUUAUAAACUUAAUAGAUUUCUUAUUUUAUUAUACUUAUAUCGUCUAUGAUUAAUGUACAAGAAUAGUCUUUAUUUCUGCGUUACCAAUUCUUCCAGUAUCUUUUUGUGAUUUUGAUAUUGCAAUUUGAGCUCAAGAUAUGCAUUUUGAUGCAAUUUAAUAACAAAUAAAAUAUGUGUAUAUAUUUUAAACAUAUAAAAAAAGAAUUCUCUUUUUCUCAAAAACGUUUUGUAUCAUUAUGAGAAAUGACAAAAAUAUAUUAUAUGUAAAUAGAUUAUUAAUUCAUGAAUAUUGAUAAUGAAGUACAAGAUUAAGGAUAAUAUAAAAAUAAUUAUAAUUUAAUUUUUUUAUAAACUUUCAGUUAACAAGUCAUUACUAAUUGCACUUGUUAAAGUAUUUAGGAAGUUUGUAAAUAUUAUUUGCUAUACAUUUAUAUUUAAUAGUUAAAAGAGAAAUAUACCGAAUUGAAGAGAA